GAAACAGCUAUAGGCAAUGUACAAACAUGUUCAUCUUCCUCAUUUACUACAGUACUAAGGCUGUGACAAAACUAUAUUUCUAAAACGUGUUUACAAGAAAAAAAAAUAUACAUAAUUCUGAAUGACUUACACAGUUACUCCUGAAUCAUUUAGAAGGAUUUUACAUGGUAUUCCCUUUGUUAUUUCAUGCAUUUUGAAAUCCCCGACAAAUACUACAAGUCCCACAAAGCAAUCAUGUGGCCUCUGAUUGGAGGCGAUUGUAGCCAAUCAAAGCGCGCAGCAGUACUGAUGCGACAAGAGCAUCUUCCAUCAUGGCGGUGGUAUUCAAGGGAUUUCCAUUCAACCUGCUGUUUGCAUCCAUAUUGUUAAUUCUGCUGCUAUGUCUUCAGUCUGGAGGAGGUCAGAAGAAAAAAGAGAACAUGAUGGCAGAGAAGGUGGAGCAAAUGAUGGAGUGGAGUUCCCGGCGUUCCGUGAUCCGUAUGAACGGGGAUAAGUUCCGGCGGUUUGUCAAGGCUCCACCCCGGAACUAUUCCGUCAUUGUGAUGUUCACCGCACUACAACCCCAGAGACAAUGUUCUGUCUGCAGGUGAG